UAAAUGAUAAUAAUCAUCAAUCAUUGAUCUAUUCAAGGAUAGCCACUCUUUGAUUACAGUAUACAAAUAUUGUGAAAUUUACUCUAUAAGUUAUGCAUAUAUCUAAAAAGUGAAAGCUUAAAGGAAGCGAUAAAGUUGCUCGGUAACAUGAGUUUUGCUUCCGUGUUCAUAGAGCUUGAUUGUAAGCAAGUGGAUAAAUGGCACCUUUUGUAAGCUCUUCAUAUUCAUAAAGAGCUUACAAAAGGUGCCAAUUAUGAGUGUGUUAAUGAAUAUGGUAGAAUGUUUCAAUUUAUGGAUAUAAAAAAUAACACAAUUAUUGGCACCUUUUCUUCAUCUUUGGGAAUGAAAUGACGAAAGUGCCCUUACUUUUCCUCAACCCCUUAACGUUCAUUAUUCAUGAGCUUGAAACCCAGAAAAGAAUCUUAUCAACUUUCUUUUGCUCUUCAACCUCAAAACCCAUAACCAUCAUAAAUUCCAACAACAACUGAAGCUGUUUCUUUCUGAGGUUUCUGUUACUUUCUCACCUCCUCCAGCGCUUUCUCAAAGACUUGCUGCCACUCUUUUCGACGAUAAAGACAUCGAAUUUGAUCGACUUAAGAUAAUUCCUGAAAUAGGUUUUCACGAAUUUGUGUUUUUUGUCAAAUAACUGUUCUUGCUUAUUUAGAAUUUUUGUUUGUGUUGGAACUAAAUGAGUCGGUUCCUUUUUGUUUGUAUAUUCCAAUAUAGUUCUUUAACAAUUGAACUUAUUCAGAUGGCUAGCAGCAGUAACUCAUCUACAGCUCUUGUAACUUCUUCAAGAAGAAACUAUUAUUAUGAUGUAUUUGUCACUUUCAGAGGUGAAGACACUCGCAACAAUUUCAUUGAUUUUCUUUUUGAUGCCUUUGAAACAAAAGGUAUUUUUGUAUUUCGGGAUGAUACAAAUCUUCAAAAAGGUGAAUCCAUAGGGCCUGAGCUUCUUCGAGCAAUCCAAGGAUCUCAUGUUUUUGUUGCCGUCUUCUCAAGAAAUUAUGCUUCCUCGACAUGGUGCUUGCAAGAAUUAGAGAAGAUUUGUGAAUGCAUUGAGGAAUCUGAAAAACAUGUUCUUCUUGUUUUCUAUGAUGUUGAUCCUUCUGAGGUUCGAAAGCAAAGUGGGAUUUAUUCUGAAGCUUUUGCCAAACAUGAACAAAGAUUCCGACAAGACUCUCAGAUGGUGUCAAGAUGGAGAGAAGCUCUAAAACAAGUGGCGAGUAUCUUUGGUUGGGAUCUACGUGAUAAGCCACAAUCUUGAGAGAUUAAAAAGAUUGCUCAAACAAUAAUGAAUAUAUUGGAGUGCAAAUCUUCAUGUGUUUCAAAAGAUUUAGUUGGGAUUGAUUCUCCUAUAGAAGCGUUACAAAAUCAUUUGCUUUUGGACUCGAUUGAUGGUGUUCGUGCU